CAAAGGAGGGAUCUCUAGCGUGGAGAAAAGACUAAAAUCUUUGUUGGGUUUCCUUUUCAUUUGAUUUUUGGUUUGUGAUAUGAAUUGUGAGUCUUUGUUCAAAAAUAUCUAUUUUUAGCUUCUGGGUUUUGUUUUUGAGUGUUUAAAGAAGGGGAAAUGUCUGGAAGCAAUGAUGUCAACCUCAAUGAGUGCAAGAUGGUGGUUCCCCUAAAUACAUGGGUCCUCAUCUCCAGUUUUAAGUUGGCUUACAAUCUUCUUCGUCGACCGGAUGGCACUUUCAAUCGUCCCUUGGCAGAGUAUCUCGAUCGUAAAGUCACUGCUAAUCUGAACCCAGUUGAUGGGGUUUUCUCAUUUGAUGUCCUCAUUGAUCGUGCUACGAGCCUCCUUUGUCGGAUUUACAGACCUGCAACUGCUGAAGAGCCUCAACCGAGUAUCGUUGACCUCGAGAAGCCUGUUGUGGGUGAGGUUGUCCCUGUUAUAAUUUUCUUUCAUGGUGGGAGCUUUGCACAUUCCUCAGCAAAUAGUGCUAUAUACGACACUUUAUGUCAACGGUUGGUGGGUAUUUGCCAGUCUGUUGUUGUUUCUGUGAAUUAUCGACGUGCACCUGAAAAUAAAUAUCCGUGUGCUUAUGAUGAUGGGUGGACCGCUCUUAACUGGGUGAACUCUAGAUCAUGGCUUCAAAGUCAGAAAGAUUCAAUGGUUCAUAUAUAUUUGGCUGGGGAUAGCUCUGGUGGUAACAUAGCACACCAUGUUGCGGCACGAGCCGUAGAAUCUGGAAUUGAUGUAUUGGGAAAUAUAUUGCUCAAUCCAAUGUUUAGUGGUCAAGAAAGGACUGAAUCCGAAAAACAUUUAGAUGGGAAAUACUUUGUUACUCUACGAGACCGAGACUGGUACUGGAGAGCUUUUCUACCUGAAGGCGAAAACCGUGACCAUCCUGCAUGUAAUCCGUUCGGUCCUAAUGGUAAAAGCCUUGAAGGAAUCAAAUUUCCAAAGAGUCUUGUGGUGGUUGCCGGAUUGGACCUUAUUCAGGAUUGGCAGUUGGCUUAUGUCGAAGGGCUUAAAAAGGCUGGCCAUAAGGUUAAACUUCUAUAUAUGGAACAGGCAACCAUCGGUUUCUACUUGUUGCCAAAUAACAAUCACUUCCAUACUGUCAUGGACGAGAUAAGUGAAUUCGUGAGUUAUGACUGUUAAAUAGAAUUAACUUUACAUACAGGCAGCCAUAAACGACACGAUCUCGUGGUGGUUAGGAAGUUUGCAGUUACUGUCGCAUUGUUGACGAAGAAGAGGUAUUUCAGCAUGUCUGGACAAUGGAUGUUAUAUGGUUUGACGAAGCUCUCGUACUGGUUAGAGCCUUUUUGUGUACGUUUAGCACGGACUACUAAGUUCAAUAGGUAUGAACCCUGGCUUCUUGCCGCAUAAGACGGGAAUACAUAUGCAUAAGGAAUGGUAGUUGAUCAAAGAGUUGGUGUAGGGCUAGUGUUAUGUUUUAGAACAUGGAUUCGAAUGGUUCCUUGGUAUUAUGACACUGUACGUUCAGACAUGGCGUUAGUAU